CUUUACUGUAUUUCAUUUGGGAACAGCCUCCGGAGAUCUUUCCAGGGAAUGCUGAGGAAUAUCUGACAGCACAGAAACCAAACCCACAGCCGACUUUCUUCCUCUUAAAACAAAAUAUCCUCUCUCACCAGAUUGAUGUCGCCAAACUAGUGGGAAGCUCGGGACAGUAGGACAGCGGCCGUGCGCGGACUGUUGUCUGUCGGAGGGUGCCUUUUUAAUUUGUGGGUCCGGGAGAAGAGGAGCAGAGCAAAACGCAGACGAAAAGACGAAGGAGGAAGAAGACGGUCCGAGUGAAAGUGCUAAAGAGUCCGACUCAGAAUGAAUAACAACAAAAUCGAGAAAGAAAACGAGCAGAGUGAAUUCACCAACCACGAAGAGGAGGUCCGAACACUAUUUGUCAGUGGCCUACCGCUGGAUAUUAAGCCACGGGAGCUCUAUCUCCUGUUCAGACCAUUUAAGGGCUAUGAAGGCUCCUUGAUAAAACUCACUUCCAAACAGCCUGUGGGGUUUGUCAGCUUUGACAGUCGAUCAGAGGCAGAGGCUGCUAAGAAUGCCUUGAAUGGGGUCCGGUUUGAUCCAGAGAUCCCCCAGACCCUGCGGCUGGAGUUCGCCAAGGCCAACACCAAAAUGGCCAAGAACAAGCUGGUCGGCACUCCCAACCCCCCUCCCACCCAGCAGAGCCCUGGGCCGCAGUUUAUUAGCAGAGACCCAUAUGAGCUCACAGUGCCUGCUCUAUAUCCCAACAAUCCAGACGUGUGGGCGUCAUACCCGCUGUACCCGGCGGAGCUGUCGCCAGCCCUCCCACCCACUUUCACCUACCCCGCCUCGCUCCACGCUCAGAUUCGCUGGCUCCCACCUGCAGAUGGAACUCCUCAGGGAUGGAAGUCCAGGCAGUUCUGCUGAAGUAUGUGUUCCUGAUGUGUGAUGGUGGCCGUGGCCAGCUGUGACGGGCGUUGCUGAUUGCCUCUCAUGUCCAAUUAGAAACCAGGAGGACUGACCUGACCCCAGCUCUCUGAGCAGCGUACCGUCGGUAAAUUUAUGGCUCGGACUUCACGACCACUGAUUUCGGCAGGCAAGGUGUAAAUCUCACCUCGCCACCGAAGCAGUGUGGCUCUCCCUCCUGGCACCGAGUCACAUUUGAAAGUGUAGAUUUGUGGAAAAAAACUGUGAAAGCCCAGUUUUAUUUAUUUUUGGGGAGACAGUAUCACACUGCCAAAGACAUCUGCUGGAAUGAACAUAAUCACACCAAGAUAUAUUGACAGCGAGUCAACUUUCAUCUGUGUGUGUUUUAGAAACAGAAAAUGUUUUGAAAACAAACCCAGAAUUGGAGAAUUGGAUAUCUGUGGGAUAAAAGUCUGUGUGGUCUUGGCAUCACGGAGGCAAGUUUGAAAAGCUGAAGAGGAACAAAAGAAGCAUGUUUUGUGUGUACAUGUGUUUCUACCUUAGUGUGUGUGAUUUUACGGGUGUGUGAACGUGAUCCCCUGUGUUUUCAUUAGUGCACAAGGUUCGUGCACGGAGACCAUGGCAACCUCACCCCUUCUCUUUGCAUCCCUCUUUCCCCUCUGUCUCUCCCAGGCAGCAGCAGCCUCAUGGGCCUCAGGACAUACUAGAUCCCAGCCUCCAUCACACAUCAAGCCCCCCAAACUCUUUUUUUUAAUUUUUUUUUUUUUUUUAUUAUAUAUAAAUACUGUUACAUACUCAAGAUUUACCGGCAGCGCUUCGGCUACACCUCCUCUGACACCUCUAUGAAGGGUAGUGGGCAUGAACGACAAAGGCGCACACACCCUUUGUUUACUAGCUGACUGCAUUGCCUGUGUAAUGUUAGCAGGUCUCUUGCUUUGCAUUCUGUAUAUGCAAGUACAAAGACUGGAGCAGAAACACAUUAUAUGCAGCCGCCUGGCACGGUCAGACAUCUGGAAGUGUGGCUGAAGUGCUGCUGGGUAAUAUUAUUAUACUAGAAUUAUUACUAGUGUGUAUAUCAUUCAUAUUAAUGUUAUUAUGAUUAUUAAAUACACGUUAAAGCAUGAAUUUGCAAAAAAAACAAAAAACAAUGCUGUACAUUUUUAGAU